AUGGCAGAACGCAGGCCACAUCCGACAGGCAGCCAUGGUCAGCUUAUGCCAGGGCUUAAUGGGGUCCCUUUGGUGUCGCAUUUCCGAAUAUUGCAUCCGCCUGUCCUCGCUGGCCAGAAUAGACCCUCUGUAGUAAAUGAAUGGUUAUUUGAGCAAGAACACGAUGGUUUCCGAACAGAGAUCAGACACAUAGUAGCGGACCACGGCUCCCUAGCCUAUGCUGAGACUAUUCACCGGGUUCAACAAAUUGUCGCAAGUCAGAGUCUGCAGUCAGUAGCACGGCCAGGAGCACUGCCAGUAGCACAACCAGUAGUUCAACCAGUAGCACAGCCAACAGGACAUCUAGCUGAAAGAGGGAGGAAGAGGAAGCGAGCUCAUAAGAGGGGUAAACGUGGAGGAGCAGGCCGACGUGACGAUCGACUUCCUGCUAAGAAUGCUCAGCCUGUUCAUCAGUUUCCAGACGGACCGCCGAGAUGUAAUACUUGUGGCAGCAUGCAUGGAGGAGAAUGUAGGGCAGACCGGCGUAUAUGUUACCACUGCCGGAAGCGUGGACACUUUGCUAAUAUGUGCCCAGAGCGAGAUCAGCCACAGAACCAGGAGCAAGUGGACGAACCGGCAGGCCGGCGUAUAUGUUACCUCUGCCGGAAGCGUGGACACUUUGCUAAUAUGUGCCUCGAGCGAGAUCAGCCCCAGAACCAGGAGCAAGUGGACGAACCGGCAGGCCGGCGUAUAUGUUACCACUGUCGGAAGCGUGGACACUUUGCUAAUAUGUGCCCAGAGCGAGAUCAGCCAGGGAACCAGCCACAGAACCAGGAGCAAGUGGACAAACCGGCAGGCCGGCGUAUAUGUUAUCACUGCCGGAAGCGUGGACACUUUGCUUAUAUGUGCCCAGAGCGAGAUCAGCCACAGAACCAGGAGCAAGUGGACGAACCAGCAGGAGGAUGA